AUGGCGCCAACAUUGCCAAGCCCGGCCCUGACCAGAUUUGCCGUCCAUACCUCGUGUCUGAAAGGGGGGGGGGGGGGGGCACAGUUUGACUAUGAAGGAAUCACAGCAUGUUCUGGAGACUACAGUGCAGCUCCAGCCUCAGAGCUGCUGGGCGGCAGCAGACACACACGUCACACACGCAGCGAUACGUUGUUCGCAGUCUGUCGAGAAAUCCUUCCUCCAUCGGACGUUUCCUACUCAUUGUUCAACUCGGCCUCCCCGCUGACUCGAAGAAGAAACACAGAAGGAAAAUCCGAGGUACCAGCUGCUGGGAAGCUGUUAGCGCAUCCGCACUGGAGUUGGAGUGGUUCAUUUCCUGUCCUGAGCGGAGCUGACUUCAGAGAGGGGCCUGCACCGGAACCAGACAUGCAGAGUGCAGGCCUGCAGGCGGACCAUGUUUGUCGGAGCAGAGAUCUCCUCUGUGCAGGGAGGUUCACAUGUAGACGAUCAGGAGUCAGGCUUCAGCUUCACAGCGUGCUCCUUGCUGCCAGCUUGACCUUUGACCCCUCACUCUCCAAAAAGCACAGGUUUUCAACCUCCUGCUUUGUCGAGAGGGGAGAAAGUCCCGUCCCUCAGGAGGAAUGAUUAAUGUCCUGGAUGUGAAACUUCUGAA